AUGUUAUUUGACACAGUUGAUGUUGCGUAUAACUUUUACAAAGCUUAUGCAGAUGCUGGAGGUUGGAUAGUUAGGAAGGGCACACAUCAUGAAAAUCGUGGUAUUAUAAUAAAUAAGUAUUUUUUCUGUUCAAAAGAGGGCCACAAAGAGUUUCGGCCGGUGGAUACUUCUGCCGAACAGCCUCCUGACAGGUGGGUACGCAGGGUACUAGCCAAAAGGACUGGAUGCCAAGCGAUGAUCAGAAUAACGCUGAAUGAUGCCAAGAAGUAUGAGCUAUAUCAUUUCACAGAGGCGCACAACCAUGAUUUUGUGCAUGAAGAAGAUUUACAUUUUCUUAAGGAAAACCGAGGGGUUAAUCGUGCGCACGAAGAUAUGAUAAAUAAGAUGUCAAAGCUUAACAUUGGUCUUAUUCGAGCAUUUAAUAUUAUGAUGGAGGUGUGUGGCGGGUUCGAUAAAGUUGGGGCGACCAAAGUUGAUUUCAAAAAUUUCAAAAAAGAAUUAAAUUUGUUCAUCGUAGAGUUUGAUGCUGAAAUGUUUGUCAAGCGAUUAAUGAGGAAAAAAGAGUUUUUACCGAACUUUUCUUGCGAAUAUCAAACGGCGGACGAAGGUUUGUUGAAGUGUAUUUUCUUGGCUGACGAGGACAUGAAGAGGAAUUUUUAUAUGUUUGGAGACGUUGUAUCCUUUGAUGCUACCUACAAGCGGAACGAGUAUAACAUGAUGUUUGUCCUGUUCAUUGGGAAUGAUAAUCUCAAUAGGAACGUCACACCUGGUGUUACCAUUCUUGGUUCCGAAAUGACGAGGACGUAUAGUUGGUUACUUAAGGUGUUCAAGGACGCAUAUGGGUACGCGCCCCCCGUAAUCGUUACUGACCAAGACCUUGCGAUGAAACGGGCUAUUGUGGAUGUUUAG